AUGUUGGCCAAUUAUGACGCGAUCAGUCGUACCCCGCUGUGGCUGGACUGUGAUCCUGGACACGAUGAUGCAUUUGCGAUCUUAAUUGCUGCACACCACCCCUCUUUGAACCUCCUGGGUAUCACAACUAUCCAUGGAAACGCGUCUUUAGAAAAUACAACCUGCAAUGCUGGUAGUAUAUUGGAGGCUAUCGGAAGACCAGAGGUCCCGGUCUACCCGGGAAGUCGAAAGCCAUUCUCCAGGCCUGCCCUUCAUGCUCCAGAUAUUCAUGGAGAGUCCGGGCUCGACGGAACCGAUCUCCUGCCAAAGCCCUCACAAGCACCAAUCACAACCGAAAACCCAAUCCUGGCAAUGCGAAAUGCACUCCUUAUGCAGCCAAAGGGUACACCGUGGGUUGUCGCAACUGGAACCUUAACGAACGUCGCUCUGUUAUUCGCGACCUUCCCCGAGGUCGCAGAACAUAUCCAAGGACUGAGUAUCAUGGGAGGUGCCGUUGGAGAAGGUUUCACGGAUGCACCGAUGAGCAAAAUUGCGGGAGAAAUGACUCGGAUUGGAAAUGUGACACCGUGGGCCGAGUUCAACAUUUACUGCGAUCCCGAAUCCGCAGAGUCAAUAUUCAGCAACCCAAUCGUCGCCCCGAAGACGUCCAUUGCCAGCCUAGACCUGACACACCAGGUUCUCGCUUCACAAGCAGUACAGACGCGAAUCCUUCACGGCUCUAGUGACCCCUCCGAGCCACCGACCGUCAUCCGCCAGAUCCUGCACGCAUUGUUGACAUUCUUUGCGGCCACAUACGAAAACGUCUUUGGGUUAGCUGCCGGUCCCCCACUCCAUGAUCCUCUCGCAGUCGCUUUUAUUCUGUCGAACUUGAAUCCAUCUUUUGCGAAAAGUCACCCCAACCAAGUGCUCCACUUCGACGAUAAAGGCGGGGAGCGAUUUGCUAUUAAGAUCGUCACGGAUGGUGAACAUGGCAGUGAUGUGUCUACUACUGGUCAGCUGGGACGGUCUAUUGCUACCCCGGUUGAUGGGCCUGGAGUUGCUAUUCCGAGGGGAGUGGAUCUUGAUGCUUUUUGGAAUAUGAUUCUGCAAUGCGUGCAGCUGGCUGAUGACUGCAAUGCAGCCCGAAAGGCGUGA